UGCAUCCGUAUGUUGUAGUCCAUUUGAAAUGUCUAAAAAGACUUAUAUUUAGGAACGGAGGGAGUAUAAUGUGCAUCUAGAAUACAGUAUAAUUUAUUCUGGUAGUCAACAAUCAGUUAUGGACUGGCUGUAAUUUUUUGUAAACAAAAUAUAGUGUGCAACAGUUUCAGUUUGAUCAUAAAUCCAUUGCUAGGUUCACUUAUCUGCCACCGAGAUCAUCAUCUUCUGAAGUCAUGAUACAGGCUUUCUGAGACCCAGAGGGACUUUUAUCCAUGUUUUAUUUCUGUUCUGAUCCGGAAGAUGAUGAUUUCGGUGGCAGUAUUCAUAUCAAGUAUUGGUGUUAAGUAAAUUAUUUACUCAAGACAAGUGCUCCUGAAGGUUUGUUAUUUCUUCAACUUGUGAAUGGAGCAGUGCAUAGAGAAUUGUGGAUAGGUUCGGAUGCUGUUGCUUCCGAGGAGGUUAUUUUUAACAUUCUUUCAUUGCACGUGUAAUUCUACUUGGGCUCGAUGAGUGUUGUUUCCGAUAACUGAUUAUGGCUUUCAGAGCUAUGCUUGGGCUGCGCCACCGGACCACUUGCCUCCACACUGGCACUCCGGUAAGUAGGAAUUUCGAUUCUGCAUGCCGCCGGAGUGAGGUUGUAUUGGUAACAUUUUGGCCGCAGUACUGAUUCGUUUUUGCCCUAUUCAAAUUAAGAACUGACAGUGAGAGUAAGCACACAACAGUACAGCUUUAUGUAGGUGACCAAAAUGUUCCUUGCUAGACCUGAUUGUGGAAUUUUGUUUCAUGGUUUUAGUGGAGGCCUGAUACAGCUCAUACUCCUAACCAUGUAAUAUUUCUGAGUACAUAUAGUAAAUUGCUAGAUUUUGUAGCACUUGCUUAACCAUGUUUGACAAACUUAAAUGUUCUUGCUUGGCCAUGUAAUAUUUGUGACCGUAUAUGACUGAAUGUAAUGAAAGGUGCAAAGAUUGUGUUUCGAUAUUCAGUGCAGUUCAGAGUGGCUUGACAAUUCUAGAUAUUUGUCAAGAUAAUGCACAUGUGCUUAUAUUUGUCAAGAUCAUAAUCUAAUUUUUUUGCUUAUCUUAACUAUUCCAUUCUAGAUAAAAAAAAGUUAGCAAAGGUGUGUUUCCAUUGUGCAUAGUUUAGUCUUACACACUUUCCGCAUCAGGUCGGUUUUCUUACUUUGCCCCGCCCCAGCCUCUAAGAAAGCAAUUAUUUACACCAUAAGCUGCUUAACUAUAUAAUGCAACCUUAAAAGAAAUUCAGGUCCUGCUGUUUUUGUACUUUUGCUCCACUUUACUGAUGUACUAUACUAAUUUCUCUCUUGCAGGAUAAAGUGGGUAUUACUAUAUGUAGUAAAUUUGGUUGGAUGAUUUUGAGCAAGGAUAAAUGGUGCACAUGAAGAUUCCAUAGCAGGUUCGAGUGCUUGAGUCUGAGGGGUCACCAUUUUUAGUUGCAUGUACUUUCCAUAUGAUGUUUCUAGCGGUGUGUGAAGCAUUUUCUGAUUUUAUCGUAAAGUUAAGCAAGUCAGCCUCACAUCACCUCCAAAGGGAAAGAGAGCAGAAAAUUUUGUGAUUAUAGGGCACAUAUAGGAAUCCGCGCAGCACAUCUCUCCAAGCUAUACAUAGUACACUAGAGAUAUGAGCCACAUUCCGCAACAUAACUGGCAGGAGUACAUUUUGCCCCCAAUAGAAUCCUACUUCACUGAAUUGCAAUGCAAUGUAACACCCAAAGCUGGAUGCUCUACUUGACAGGCAGGUGGCCUGAAAGACACAAAAGUUGCUCAAUUAGCAGGAGGAUCCAAUAGUAAAGGGACAGUCUUGCAAUCAUUUAUCUUUAUCUUUCAACCCUGCUGGUAGCUGGACACAAGCAAAGGAUUGAUUUCCGUCUUUAGCAAAGCGUAAGGUAAUCAUCCCAAUGUGAGAGAAAAACGAAAGCAAAAGGUAAGGAUACUGCCUCUUGUUUUAUUCUGCGUUCUAAGGUAUUUGUGCACACUGAUAAGCAUGAAGCAGCCCAACUAUUUCUUCGCAGCAUGUAGCUUUUUUGCUUUACAAUAUUUCUGUACAACAGGCUACUUAUGUUUUAGCUUGACAAUGUGAUAUUUCUGACCAUAUCUGACAGAUGCAGUGAAGGGCGCAAAAAUUGUGUGUCGAUAUUUAGUACAUUUCGGAGUGUGCCUUGACAGUUCUUGAUAGUGUCAAUAUUAUAUGCAGCUAAGCUAGCAACAAGCAUAGAAUUGAUUUCUGUCUUUAGUGAAAGCAAAAGAUAGUCCUCAAGGAAAGACAAAAGGCAAAGCAAAAGGUAAGGAAUAGUACUGCUUGCUUUUAUUCUGUCUAGCCAAGGCAUUUGUGUGUAACCACAAGGACCCCGUUGAAGCAUGUUGUGUGUCCAGAUUUCGCUCUCCAGUCUAGCCAGCUUCUAGUUGCCCCUGUCUCUACCUAGCUACAUACUCUCUGCAAGUCUGCAUAGUACCAGUUAUUCAAUAUAACCAAGGUAUGUAAAGCUCAGCUUACACCUGUAUUCAAUCAGCCUGUCUGCUUCUUCGUAUCUAUGUAUGCUAGUUUUAUCAGGACAUAGAUUUUCUACCCUUGAGCAAAUGUGCUCUCUUUACUUUGAAAGAAUAGAAGUGAGUUUCGAAGAUUCAGAAAAUUCCAUCAACAAUCACAUGUAGAUAUUACAGUAACCUAUGUAUUUGCAAAGUUUUGGUGAAAUCUCACAUGCAGUCCAAACUAAAAAUAGCAAUCAUGAGAGGCUAAAAAGCACAUUUAUGUGCUCUAAUUUUGUUAUUUUUUGCACAUAAAAAUAUAAAAAUUUGUAUGAAACUUAACAGCUGCACACAGUACUCUAUGACAUACACGUGUGAUUUUUUUGAAAUUUUGUGGAAGCACGAGAAUUAUAUUUUUUGCAUGCUCUCCUUUAGGUCAUUGAGCUUUAUUUUAUUAAUCUUGCUUGCAUAUCAUUGCAUUUGUAUACAGGAAUAAAUCGACUAAAGCUCGAGGAAUUCAGCUGGAGACUUCUAGUGAGCUGACUGAUCAAUGAUGACCUGGAAAUGGAAUUAAUCUAGAGGGUAGAGAUUGCAGUAUCUUGCCAAUUCAUCAUGCGUACAGAAGUUAUCAAGGCAAACACCAUUGAUGAGGCUGUUGAAGGAAUUCUCGAUGAACUCAAGUAUACUAGAGGAAAAGAAAAUGUCAUAUACUUUGAUGGCUGGGACGGGCUGGGGGCAUCUGCGGUCGUGCAAGCCGUAGCCCAACAGCUCGCAUCAAAUGAAAAGAAAUGGCAAUGGGGACUGCAGUUUGAGCAAGUCAUCCACAUCGACUGCUCUAAAUGGGAGAGCACAAGAGCAGUUCAGAGGGAAAUCGCAGAGCAGCUGAAGCUUCCCAAUCAGGUGAUGCAGAUGUUUGACAAGCAAGACGAGGAGGAUGAUUUCAAUGGUAUUACUGAUCAGCAAUCUCGGGCUGGGAUAGCAGAGGUCGCAAUAGAGAUCCAGAGGAGCAUACAGGGCAGCAGGUUUUUGCUGGUUCUUCACAAUGGAAGCAACGAGGAGAUUGACAUAUCUAGCCUUGGUCUUCCUGUAUAUGAAUAUUUGACCAACAAGGUGAUAUGGACCUUCCAAGGGAGGUUUCGGAUGGACCCCAAUAUGAAAGACAAGGCCAUGAAGAAGGAUAUAACAAAUGUUCUUCUCUCAGCUUCAUGCUAUGAGAAAAACCCACAAGAUCUCUGGUACUAUCUACUGCGCAAAGAGGCUACACUAGUUGCAUAUAAGAGUGGUGUUGAUCCUGAAAUACUUGUUCAGUGCUUCUUGUAUAUGUUGACAAUACAUUGCACCAGCCGCCAUUAUGUCGACAGCGAGUAUGAUUUGGCUACCCAUGCAUGCAACUAUUGGAUAUGUGAUGGAAUCAUACAGAAAGCCACAGACAUUGCUGAAGCAUGGCAAGUUGGUGAGAGACUGCAAGGUGAUAUCCGAUGGAAUAUGGACUACCGCGACAAUGAAUUUCCCUCUCGCUUUCUAUGGUAUGCUGAGUGCGUACCACACUGGGCAUCACCAGCUCAUGGAUUUGUGCUGGUCCCUGAUGGAGUCGUUCCUAGCAGAAUGUUCCAGCAUUUUGACAAGCUUGGCGUGAUGAAACUCUCAAGAUGUAGCUUCAGCUUUUCAUCACCUCCAUUUCUCUGCUGCCACAGCCUUAGAUUUUUAUGGCUUGACCACUGUCAAAACCUAGGAAAGAGAGAUGAGGCGCAAUUGGAAGAGGAGGACACCCCAAGGUUGUGGUCAUGCUUCCAAAGCUUAUGGGUGCUUGACCUGCGCUACACAGAUUGUGAUUGGAUCUUGUCUGCACGGAUGAUGGAUCUCAUGACCCAGCUCAGGGAGCUAAACGUGAUGGGAGCCAAAAACUGGGACUUUAGCCAUUUACAAGGACGGUUGCGUAACAUUCGCAAGCUCCGGUUAACAAAGUCCACCUGCUGGUCCGACACCAAUGUGUUCUCAGAUAUGGAAAGCAUGGAGCUUCUUGAUUUUUCAGGGAAUAUGGUCAGUGGUUACAUGAGAAGCUUAUCUGGCUCAGCAAGCAACAUUAACCUUGAUUCUGUCAUUAUUGGUGCCUGUGGUGGGUUAAAAAUCAUCUCUUUUAGGGACUGCAAAGAAUUGAAGAACAUAUUCUUGAAAGGAUCGUUGGGGAGUCCUGAAGAGCUGGACCUCUCGGGCACAGGAGUGAAAACACUCAACUUCAGGGAAGUGGUAGCCACCUCACUCCCCAAGCAGAUCAUCCUGCUAGGCUGCGAGAAGCUCCGUGCAAUAUUGUGGCCUAAGACAUUUCAAGGGAAAGGGUGGUCUGGUUUGCUGCAUCUUGACACCACCUCAAUAUCAGCAUCAGCUGACGGAGGUGAAGCAUCACAUGCACAUCCCCUUAGCGAUCAAGCCCUCCAACAGCAGAAAGAAGAAAAGUUUAACGGUGGAUGGCGGAUUUCUCUUAUGGAUACAAGGCUCCUGAGGUCGCUUUCUCCUGUAAGAGAAUUUUUAAGGGCCACAUCCGUACAUAUUGAUAUCUGUCCUGCAGCUACUGUUGGUGGUUGCAACAUCCAAGGAACAAGCAGCCACAAACUACUGCAAGUCCAACCGCACACAAGGACUAUGGUGGACUCCAUGUAUGGAUAUGUCUUGAAGGAUGGUGGCCCAGUUGGAGUGAUGGUGAUGUGGGACUGCCCUAAGAUAUUUCUUUGGGAUGAACCAAAGACAUGUAUGAUAAAGAUCAUUCAUGGACAGGGCAACAAACUUUUGGAGGAUGCCCCAAGUGCUAGCACUAGUGCUUUAUUAUUGCCUGGUUUUAUAUGCAAGCAGAGUACAUCUGUGCAUGUCUAUGAUAACUUGUCCAUCACCAAUAUCCCUCCACCUCUCGACGGAUCAGGAUGGCAGAGUCUAAGAUGGUGCCGAGUCGAGAGGUGCCCCAAGCUACACACGGUCUUCAAUAUUGGGCAGGGCAAUGGUGCGUCCAGCUUUAGGCGUCUGGAGACAUUAUGGUUGUCCCAGCUUCUGACGGCAGAGACAUUUACUACGCCAAUUCUGACCUUUUGUAGCCUGGAGUUCUUGCACCUGGACUGCUGUCCCAGGCUCUUACACGUGUUCACCUUGGCCAGCAGAAAUUCAGGGAGGUUCUUCUGUAGUUAUUUGCAGACCCUCGAGAUAGUGUACUGUGAUGAUCUAAGGGAGGUCUUCCCUUUGGCCCCUGGGCCCCAAAAACAGGAUACAGUUAUAGAAUUUCCCUAUCUGAGGAGCAUCCACCUGCAUGAGGUCCCCAAGCUGCAGCACAUCUAUGGGUGCAGGAUGUGGGCGCCUAUACUCGAGACCGUCAAGAUCCGAGGCUGUUGGAGCCUUAGGCGUCUGCCGUCCGUCUACGAGCACACCAAGCCACCCAAGGUGGACUGCGAGAAGGACUGGUGGGAUAACCUUGAGUGGGACGGGUUGAAUAAGUACCAUCACCCGUCCCUCUACGAGCCAAGCCACUCGCUGUACUACAAGGUCGAGCUGCCCAGAGGCACCAUACUAAGGUAAUUCACCCCUCAUGUGAAUUGAUCUUCGGGCUCGUCCAACCUGAAUGCAUGUACGUCGUCAUGCAGACUUACAUAACUGAAGCUUUCCUGCCAUGUGUAUGUUGCUUGCCCUGCUUCCUGCUUGAUUGGUUUGUGGUGUUCUCUACAUUGGCAUUGCCUUGGUGCGGUGACGCCCCUUUGCAGUUUCAUUUCAUUUGAUUUGGUUUGGUUUGAUUUGAUUUGGCCAUCCUUGCUCGAUCCAUCGAAGCACUAUUCAUCUGGUUGCUUCCGAGCAAAUGAGAAUAAAUCAGAGUGGGCAUUCGGCUGAUGCAGCAUGAGCUCCUUCUUUGUGUGGGUGCUGUAAUAUGUAAGCUUGAAUGAUGAUGGUGAUUAUUGUGUAUGUGGAGUUUUGUUGUGGUUUGAAUAAUCAACUGAUUGUAAUUUCUAAUUUGCAACAUGAAUGGUGAUGAUGAUAGUGAUGGUUUUGUU